CUCUGUGCCCCCAAUCGUACGUUAACGUAACUGCUUUUCCCUCCAAUUUUUCAUUGAUUUCACUUUUCUCUCGCGUUUCUUGAUUCUGAUCAUAGGGUUUUCUGAUCCCAAUUUUUGAUCCCACUCUCUUCACUUAGUAGUUGUUAACACUACAGAGUGUUUUGAAAGCUUCCGUUAUGCCAAGCGGACCAGGCGAACCGGGCGGACCGGUGAGACAGGUUUCCUGUCAAGAUAUUCAGCUGGUGCAAAAUCUCAUAGAACGAUGUUUACAACUGUAUAUGAGUCGGCAAGAAGUUGUGGACAAAUUAGUAUGUCAAGCAAAAAUAGAGCCCAGUUUCACUGAACUAGUUUGGCAAAAGCUUGAGGAAGAAAAUGAAGAAUUCUUCCGAGCUUAUUAUACAAGAUUGAUGUUAAAGCAGCAAAUAGUGGAAUUCAACAGAUUGCUGGAUCAACAGUUGCAUUUAAUGCACUCAAACUCACUAUCUGCCUCUAAUGGGUCACAUAACCCUGCAGUUGCAUCACUACCUGCCUCUAAUGGAUCACAUAUCUCUGCGGUUUCAUCACUGUCCAACUCUAAUGGGUCACAUAUCCCCACAAUUUCAUCACUACCUGCCUCUAAUGGGUCACAUAUCCCUGCAGUUUCAUCACUGCCCAACUCUAAUGGGUCACAUAUCCCCACAAUUGCAUCACUACCUGCUUCUAAUGGUUCACAAAUCCCUGCAGUUUCAUCACUGCCCAACUCCAAUGGGUCACAUAUCACUGCAGUUUCAUCACUGCCCAUCUCUAAUGGAUCACAUAUCCCCAGAAUGCACUCAAAUUCACUACGUGCCUCUAAUGGGUCAUAUAUUCCUGCAGUUCCCUCACUGCUCAACUCUAAUGGGUCACAUAUCACUGCAGUUUCAUCACUGCCCAACUCUAAUGGGUCACAUAUCCCCACAAGACAUGAGAACCCCACAUGCUACUCUGCUGAGCGACCCCAACCAGAUUUGAUGUCAGAAAAUAUGCAGCAUAGUGUUAAUUCCAGAUUAUCUAAUACGUUUAAUAAUGGCGGGCCAUCACUCCAUACUCGUAUGCAUACUGUGGUUGAUAUGUCUUCUCAUGGCAUUGGGAUUAAUGGCUCUCCAAGCAUGCUUUCUGCUCAGAACUCAAACUUGGGUAUGAUGCAAGGAAUCAAUGGGGGCAUGAUCAAAUUAGAACCUGGAUAUUCAGAUUGUUCCUACAUGUUUAGUACUGGGGGAAAUGUCCCGACUCGCCCAAACACCGCUGAUGCUUCAGUUACAUCAUUCACUAAUGUUGCGCCCAACGCACAUGCUGUGAAUGAUGCAGUUCUGGAAACAGACUCUUCAUUUGGAUUUUUGGGACAGAUUCCUAGAAAUUUUAGCCUUUCAGAUCUAACUGCUGAUUUUUCUUUGAGUUCUGAUAUACUGGACAGCUAUUCUAGGUCACCAUUUCUACCCACUGAUAAUAACUUCCUUGAGAAAGUAGAGCAAGAUAACAAUAGGCUGGACUCCAUAUCAGAAGGCCUAAGUCAUGAAGACUUUGGGAGUGAAUAGAUGAUACUCAUUAUUUGGUUGAACAAAGUGCUUAUCAUGGAAACUCUGUACAUAAGAAUUUUAGAGGUUUUGAAAUCUUAAUGCUAGGAUGAACGUAUACUUCGGUGUGUAGAGUUCACACACCUCCUGCAAUGGUGGAUAAUAAAAUUUGGGAUGCUUGUGUAGAAGGGAAAAGAACCUUGCAAAUAAAUAGUUAACCUUUUCUCUCUUGGCCUUUUGGAAUUUUGCCCUGUAGACUGAUUUCACUUAUUCUGCAUUGUGUUGAUGCUAGAAUUGUGUGUUUAGUUGCUUUUCUUGAGAUUUUGGCUGCAUAAAAUACUGGUUUUUUAAGUACUAAGAAGAAAAACUAUACUUGUUUGGCUCCAAUGCCCUCA